AUGUCCUCCCGUGCGAUUCGCAAGCUGCAGAAGCAGCGUGAGCUGGAACAGCUGCAGGAGACCGUGCAGCAGGAUGAGUCAAGCGACGAUGAGCCUCGACGCCCCGCGAAACCCAAAUUCAACGCCUUCGAUCUUUUGAAUGCCGGCGACGAUGACAAUGACAAUGACGACGAAGAUGGCAAUGGUGGUAAUGAGCCCGAGGAAGGGGCACAAGAAGACGAAGAAGAAAUGAAGGAAGCGUCAAAACCAGAUGCCAAGUCGCCACCCGAGCCCAAACAACAAAGCAAGCAGGGCACAGAAUUGGACGAGAUUGAUCGUGCGCUAAAGGAUCUAUCUACUGGCGAAGACCCAUCGAAUACAACUCUGUCAGCCUCUGCGAAGGAAGGGCGGAAUGACUUGUUCCCAAAGACUACAAAUGAACUUCUCGGUGUUGAGCCCAAGUUCUUGAACGCGACAAAUGAAAUGCGACGACUUUUCGGUAAUGUGGUACUAGAGAACUUUGACCAGCCAGCCGAAACUGGCCGUCGUCGGGAUCGCAACCGGGAAACGAUCGAUCUUGGCCAGGCACUGUCAGGACGGUACUCUCCGGCCAGUCGAGGACAGAGUUUGGCUGGAGUUACACUGCGACGGAACGUUCUUAUGCAAGGGAAGGAUGAGUGGCCACGAGCUCCUAGUGGAGGCCUAGGUAUGGUCAAUGCUGAGAAGCUUCCUUCGGGAGAUUUCCUUUAUCGCAUCGUGCACAACACGGGCUACGAAGAUGUACAGAGACAGUUCGACCUCUGUGUUGAGUCGAUGGAUCCCCAACGACUGAUUUCACAUCUGCAAUACCACCCCUAUCAUAUAUCCACUCUUCUCCAGGUUUCGGAAGUUGCCAAGCACCAGGGUGACCAUGCCGUUUCUGCCGAUCUCUUGGAGAGGGCGCUCUUUAAUAUUGGCCGCUCAGCUCACUCUUCAUUUGGAACUCGACUCAAGGACGGUCAAGCAAGGCUUGAUUUCUGGGAGGGGGAGAACCGUGAGCUGUGGCUGGUUGGUUGGAGAUAUAUCGCCAACUUGGGCAUGAAAGGUACUUGGAGGACUGCCUAUGAAUGGUCAAAGCUGCUGCUAAGUCUAAAUGACUCUGACCCGUAUUGCAUGAGGCUUUUGAUCGACCACCUUGCCUUGCGAGGAAGAGAGUAUGCGCAGUUUGCGGAUCUGUGCACCCAGACUCGAUUCAGCCGUGACUGGGCCGACCUCCCUAAUAUCCAGUGCUCAUUGGUUAUGGCUUAUUUGCGCCUGAAAAAGCCCCAAGAAUGUCGCCGGCAGCUUUCCCACGCUAUGUCUCGCUAUCCCUGGGUCUUCAGUAGGCUGGCACAAGAGUUGGACAUUAAGCAUGUUCCCAAGCAGAUCUGGGGUAAGAUGCCUCCGACUGCAUCACACGAACUCCUUACCGAACUUUACAUUACGCGAGCCAAGGAUCUUUGGAACACACCCGAGGCUGUUUCACUUAUCAUAGAAAUAGCCGACACCAUCUCCGGGGAGCCAGAGCCUAUCGAGCCCCCAGAAAUCACCCUCGAUAUUGCCCGUCAUGUGGUCUUGUCGGACAUUCCUAGUGUAACAACCCACCUACCCAACCGUUUUGUCUCUGGGCGAAUGUCUUCAUCGGACCCUCUACCUCCUUACGAAUCAGAGGCAUAUCGUCAGCAAGCCGAUCCCACACCGUCAUACCUCGCGCGGAUGCCGGAGGGUAACCGGCCCCAGUGGCUACGCAAUCUGUUGAAUCAAAUGGAUGAGGGUGGUAUCCAUUUCCCUCGUUUCCAGGGUGGGGAAGAAGCCGGCGGGGAUGAAGGUGACGAAGAAGUUGCUGGUGCUCUUCCGGACGCUCGAAUUCGUCCUCUACAGGGCGACCAACAGGUGCUUGAGCAGUGGCUGCUGCAGGACGGAUUGGAGUCCGUGCAGAUGUUCCUGCAUCAGCAUGGUGUUGACCGAGGAAACUGGGGCGAUGUAUUGGACUAUGCUCCUCUCACAGAUUACCUAGAAUCCCUUCAGGAAAUCCAACCUGAGGCUUCUCGUCAAAGGUUACUACAUGGGCCAAUCCAGGAGAUUAUUGGUGAAUUUGCUGUCAGCAUGCUCGAGGAUGAGUUGAUGAUUAUGGAUGACGAGGCUCAUUCUGAAAGCAGCGACAUUUAG